CUAACAUCAUUUAAGUAGGUAAAGAAUACAAAAUAAAGACAAACAAUAUUAUUUGAUCUAAUGCUCACGAAUUAUAAAAAAAAAAUAAGUGAAAUCGAAUUGUAUGAUUUAAUGUUUUGUUUACACAAUCAAAAUAGUGUCAAGGAAAACAUUAUAUCAUAUCGAAUAAUUUAUUACUGAAAGGUCUAGGUCUCGUCAUAUAUCAUGUUACAACUUCCUUAUUUUGAACAUCGAUUUAAUCAAUCUGAUUAAAUCCCCCCCCCCCCCCCCACCACCAAAUAAUUCCCUGUAAUUAAGGGCUCGUUUGGUUUUGGUGAUAGUUUGGUUGGGAUAGUUACAAUGCAUCGUUUUUUUAUUUUAUUUUAUGCACAAAAAAAAAAUACAUGUAUUGUUUGUUUGAUUUGACACAAACUAUAACUCAAAAUGAGUGAUAGUUAAAUCUCAAGUUUUGGUUGAGAUUGUUUGGUAGAGAUUGUUGGGUUUUGUUUUGUUCCUACUUCCAACUUUGUCCCUACUUUUUUUUAUGUGUGUUGCUUAUUUAAUAUUAAAAACAAAGGGCAAAAGUGACGUUUCAUCCAAAAGUAAUAUAACUUAUUUCGAUAUUUGAAUAAUUAUCACAGAAAGCAAACGAUGUAAACUACAAUACAACAAUUUUCUUAUAUACAUAUAUAUUAUUAUGCAUGCAUUAAUAAUAAUAACAAUGCAUCAAUUUAACUAUCACCAAAAUCAAAUUCAUACAAGAUAUUUAAUUAAGUAUAAGCUCAAAUAUAAAUCUUAAACUAGAGCAUAAAGACUAACCUUUUUUUAAUCAUUCCCAAACUAAAUCGUGAAUCGUGAUUCAUGAAGGUAUGAAAAAACUUACUUUGAGAUUUCAAUAAGGAGAAGAAAGCUAGGUAGAAGAAAGUAUAAAUUAGGGUUAAUAUUUUCGUAUGGCCCGAACUUUGACUAAAAUAAACAUCCUGACCAAUCUUUUCGAUCUAUAACAUCCUGGCCCGAAUUAUACACCAAAAUAAACAAUUUGGUCAGAUCCGACUUUUGACCGUUAACUUGGACGGUCAAACGCGUUGACCGUUAGUCAACGCGCCAUGUCAUUGCCAAGUUAGCAUAAAAUAUUUAAAAUAAUUCACAAUUUCCACACAUUUCCUAAUUUUAAAUCAUUAUAAAUUAAAAAAUCAUCUAAUCCCUUAGUUAAACCAAAAAUAAAAAAACGAAAAAAAUUAAAUAUUUAUCAGAUCUUCUGACUUGGCAGUGACGUGGCGCGUUGACCGUUAGUCAACGCGUUUGACUGUCCAAGUUAACGGUCAAACAUCAGGUUUGGCCAAAUUGUUUAUUUUGUUGUAUAGUUCGGGCCAAGAUGUUAUAGAUCGAAAAGUUUAGCCAGGAUGUUUAUUUUGAUCAAAGUUUAGGCCAUACAAAAAUAUUAACCCUAUAAAUUAACUAAUCCAGUAUUAUUGGUUUCUUGCAAAAGUAUCCAAAGAUUUUUUUUUUUUCAUUUUAAUCCUGUGGAUGACGUGGACCAAUAAGCUCCAAGAUUCCCAACCUACCAGUACCAGCUUCAGAGACUUCACUCAGUCCCUCCUUUCCCUUCUUCUUCUUCUCCAAUUUCUUAGCAACCAAACACUCGUGUCUCUCCCCACUGACCGCAACCAUGGCAGCCGCCGCAGCAAUCUUCCUCUUCCUCCUAAUCUCCGCCGCCGCCGCAGCGCCAGAACCCCGUCCCCAAACCUUCAUCGUGCACGUGUCCCAAUCCCACAAGCCGGCCCUCUUCUCCUCCCACCGCGACUGGUACGCCUCCAUCCUCCCCCACCCUUCCGCCCUCCUCUACACCUACUCCCACGCCGCCGCCGGCUUCUCCGCCUCCCUCACCGCCGACCAAGCCUCCCGCCUCCUCCGCACCCCGGGAAUCCUCUCCGUCGUCCCCGACCAGAUCCGCCACCUCCACACCACCCACACCCCUUCCUUCCUCGGCCUCUCCCCCUCAUCCCCACUCUCCCUCAACUCCGCCAACGGCGACGGCGUCAUCAUCGGCGUCCUCGACACCGGGAUCUGGCCCCUCCACCCCAGCUUCGACGACGCCGCCUUCCCCGCCGCCGCCGACAAAAUCCCUGCCAAGUGGCGCGGAGUCUGCGAGAGCGGCAAGGAUUUCCCCGCCGCUGCUUGUAAUCGAAAGCUGAUCGGAGCCAGAGCAUUUUACAAAGGGUAUGAGAGCUACAGGGGAAGGCCGAUCGACGAGACGGUGGAAUCGAAAUCUCCGAAAGAUACGGAAGGUCACGGCACCCACACGGCGUCGACAGCUGGCGGAUCCGUCGUUACGAACGCCAGCCUGUUCGGCUACGCCGCCGGCGACGCGCGGGGGCUGGCGCCGAGCGCGUGGAUCGCCGCCUACAAGAUCUGCUGGUCGCCGGGAUGCUUCGAUUCCGACAUCCUCGCCGCAUUUGACCAGGCCGUUGACGACGGGGUCGACGUCAUCUCCCUCUCCGUCGGAGGCAGCUACCCGCCUCCAUACGACAGCGAUUCGAUCGCCAUCGGAGCUUUCGCGGCAGCGAAAAAGGGGAUCGUCGUCUCCUGCUCGGCGGGGAAUUCCGGGCCCGGAGCUUACACGGCGACGAACAUCGCUCCGUGGAUCCUGACCGUCGGCGCGUCUACCGUUGACCGUGAUUUCCCUGCCGAUGUUGUGCUCGGAGAUGGAAGCGUGCACCGCGGAGUUUCGCUUUACGGUGGGGUUGGUCUGCCGGAGGGGGAACUUUUGCCUCUGGUUUACAGCGCCGAUUGCGGGAGCAGGUACUGCUAUUCCGGCAACCUCGACCCGGCAAAGGUGAAAGGCAAGAUCGUGCUCUGCGAUCGCGGAGGGAACGCGAGGGUCGAGAAAGGAGCGUCGGUAAAGCUCGCCGGCGGUGCUGGGAUGAUAAUGGCGAACACUGAUUUAGAAGGAGACGAGCUUCUCGCCGACGCUCAUCUCAUUCCCGCCACCAUGGUGGGAGCGACGGAAGGGGACAAAAUCCGCGCCUACAUUCAAUCCGCCGCAUCUCCCUCUGCCACCAUCCAAUUCAGGGGAACUGUGAUCGGAGAAGACACCCCGCCUGCUCCUAAAGUGGCAUCGUUUUCCAGCCGGGGACCGAACAGGGUCACGCCGGAGAUCCUCAAACCGGAUGUCAUCGCUCCCGGCGUCAACAUUUUGGCUGGCUGGACCGGCGCCGCAGCACCAUCGGACUUGGAAAUUGAUCCCAGAAGAGUUACAUUCAACAUCAUUUCAGGUACUUCAAUGUCCUGCCCACAUGUUAGCGGCCUAGCCGCAUUGCUCAAGGGAGCACACCCCGAUUGGUCUCCGGCAGCAAUUAAAUCGGCUAUGAUCACGACGGCGACAACAUUCGACAACUCCGGGGAGAACAUCAACGAUCUGGCCAUUGGCAAAGGGACGACUCCGUUUGUUUACGGUGCAGGGCAUGUUGUUCCUAAUGCCGCUGUGAGCCCGGGGCUGGUUUACGACCUCAACACGACAGACUACGUCUCGUUCCUCUGCUCGAGCGGGUACAGUGCAUCGAGGAUCGCGGUGAUCUUCGGCGAGCCCAUUGCGUCGGACGUCUGCGAGCAUGCACCGGCGCUGACCGCCGGUCCGGGGGACCUGAACUACCCGUCGUUCUCCGUGGUGUUCAAACCGAAAUCGGAUGUGGUCACGUACAAGAGGGUGGUGAAGAAUGUUGGGAGUUCGGUGGAUGCGGUCUACGAGAUCAAAGUGAAUGCUCCAAUGAACGUUGAUGUCCAGGUCUCGCCGUCGAAGCUCGUGUUUAGCAAGGAGAGUUCGUCUCUGGCGUACGAGAUCACGUUCUCGAGUUCUGUUGUUGGUUUCUCGAACGCUGUUGCGAGUCAGAGCUUCGGGUUCGUGGAGUGGAGCGAUGGAGUGCAUAAGGUGAGGAGUCCUAUUGCUGUGCAAUGGAGGCAGGGAGGUUCUGUGGAGUCUAUUUGAAGGCGCAUGCCACAUUAUCUAUCAUCAAGGUGAAGACAUUUUCAUGGUCUUUUGCUUUAGGUUUCUGCCUGGUGCAGUGGUUGGAUUAUAAUAGGACGCUUGUUUUUUUUGCUUGUUCUACGUCGGUGGAUUAAUUGCCUCUGGUUUUCUCCAUUGAUUGUGGAGGAAAGAAUGUACAUAUGUACCAUCUCAAACUAGAUGUUGUGGAUCAUAUGAUGCUAACUCUACGGGGGUUUAGCAAGCUUGGUUGAGAAUGAAAUUGCAACAAAUUAACUCCACAGACUUUCUUCCUCUGUUAUUCUAACAGGAUCGAAUGUUAGACUGAAAAAGUUAGUGGUUUAUAGUUUAGUGGUUAACCGUUAUGAAACUAUUAGUUAAUAUUUGAUAAUAUCGUUCAUCUGCUAAAAUUAUUAAUUCAUAUAGGAUGACGUCAUACUUUAUGUCAAAUUAUUAUUAUUAUUAUUAUUUUUUGUGUGGUUAAAUGAUGAAUCAGUGUAUUGACGUGACUUGAAUCGGACUAUCAACCACUACGAGUGGAAUAGUCGUUAUGAAAGUAUUAGUUAACCCACGGUGUACGUCCUCAAUGUUAUUUGGGUUCGGGUUCUGGGCUUGGUUGUAACCGUUUUUUCCUAUACCAGAUUGGAUUAGUGUUAGACCUAGAAGAAGUACUAUAUAUAUACUUCUCAUACUUCUCUGUAAUCUGUAAUCUCAUAGAUAUAGUGAAACUGACUCUCUCUCGCCCGUGGACUAGCUAACACACAUCGUGUUAGUGAACCACGUAAAUCGUGUGUCUGUUUUCGAUUCUCGCUUUCGUAUUCUUGCUUUCUCGAUCCCGACGAUUUCCUGAUCCGUAGCAGCGCAGUUAUAACACAGUGGAAUAGUCAAACCGGAAUGGUUCAUCUGGUUUCAUGGCAAACUAUUAAAAAUCGUUUGUUCUAUCCCUAACCAUCUAAGUCACUGGUUUAGUAAUUCUACUAGUCUAACCGAUGGUCUGAUUCGGUUCUUAUAACAAUUCUUUGACCACAUCACCCUAAUUUUUAGCUAACACUACUAACUGAUGAGCGAACAUGAGUGCAUACUUGAUCAUGAAGUUGUCAAAUUUUGUUGCGUUGACUCUAAGCAUCCAAGGAUUAUUAUUAUUAUUAUUAUUAUUAUUAUUAUUAUUAUUAUUAUAUUUUGUGGUUAAAUGAUGAAUCCGUGUAUUGACGUGACUUGAAUCGGACUAUCAACCACUACGAGUGGAAUAGUCGUUAUGAAAGUAUUAGUUAACCCAGGGUGUACGUCCUCAAUGUUAUUUGGGUUCGGGUUCUGGGCUUGGUUGUAACCGUUUUUUCCUUUACCAGAUUGGAUUAGUGUUAGACCUAGAAGAAGUACUAUAUAUACUUCUCAUACUCCUCUGUAAUCUAUAAUCUCAUCGAUAUAGUGAAACUGACUCUCUCUCGCCCGUGGACUAGCUAACACACAUCGUGUUAGUGAACCACGUAAAUCGUGUGUCUGUUUUCGAUUCUCGCUUUCGUAUUCUUGCUUUCUCGAUCCCGGCGAUUUCCUGAUCCGUAGCAGCGCAGUUAUAACACAGUGGAAUAGUCAAACCGGAAUGGUUCAUCUGGUUUCAUGGCAAACUAUUAAAAAUCGUUUGUUCUA